AUGUUAUUUCGUCUUCUACUUGCAACAGCUGUGGUCAUUAAAGCUGCCAUAGUACAUCCGGAUACACCGAGCUACCUGUCACGAAAACUGCGUGACUUACGAAUGUCGUUAACGGAUCGUGUGGCGGAGUUUCUCUCGGCAUAUCCGCAACGCCCUUUCUCUGCGAUAGAGCUAAAAGGUAUGCUGGAUUAUAUGGUUCUACCCUAUUUGAGCUCGUCGAUGAGUAAUCGUGACGAAAAGCUCAUUGUGGCACCAUUGUCGGUCAUCAAAGUACUUGCUGCUGUGUGCUCAUAUCCGACACAUUACAAUAUCCUUGCUUUACGCUACGAAUGGAAUGGCCAUCGCGGAACACUUAUGGAACUAAUGGUGUCUCCCCUAUUAUGGCCAGGUCUUACGACGCACAUGUUGAAUAUCAUUCGGAAAGCCCUUCUUAACCUGCUUACUCUGGCAGAUGAACCACUAUCUUUUUCCGAAUUGGAUUACGAGGACAUUCCCAUGGGGAAAGGCCGUAAUUACGGUACAUGUAUCGUGGUAGCUCAUAUAAAGCCAGUCAUCCACUUUCUUGCUGAUACUGUGCAGAACUCUGUGAAGACUUUUAAUGCGAACAACUUGGAAUUGCUCAGCAAGUUGUCCGCAUACACUCCUGAUGGUGCUCUUGCCCGGCAGAUGGCUUCUACGAUUAUGGAUCACCUAGAAAGGAAAAUACCCAAAGAAGGAACUCUGAAAAAAUUACUCGAUGUCAUUGCAUGCCUUAUGAGAAAUGUUGAUGGUCCGGAGGAAUUCCUCAGACGUGUGGGACCGCUAUUUUCCAAAGCGGACGGUCGUGUAGCUCAUGAAGCGCUUGUUCGAAUCGUCGAAGGCUUGAUAGCAAAUGAUCACAUCAUAAGGGACAUUAAAGACCUGCUCAAAGUUGUAAUUGAUCUGGAGAGUUGGGACCGAACACGCAUAGACGAGCCAGACCACGAUCGUCGUCAUGCUGCGUAUAAUCGGCUCAAUGAAGUGAGUUGA